GUCAGCCGGGAUGCCGGUCAGAGAUAGUCGCCCACUCUGCUGUACUGGUAGAGUCGGCGGGAGAGUCGCGUAUUCUGCGGAUACGGAGGGUCUCUUCUGGCCACCGCGUCUUAGCCUACCCGGCGGAAGACAGUGCUCUUUGACUUGACUCAUCUAGCUACCGCUUCCAUCCUCUGCUACCCGCAGCUCCGAGGGCUGGAGGUUGCUGUGCAGCUGUGCGCCCCAUUCUUAAGUCUGCCUGGAUCUCGGGGUGCCUUCCCUGCCAGGAGCGCACAGCCAGUGACCUCGAGAGUCGUGGAGCCACCCCCAGGACUCACCGAUCAUGACUUCUAUAAAGGAGCAGGCAGCAAUCAGCAGGCUUUUAAGUUUCUUACAAGAGUGGGACAAUGCUGGCAAAGUCUCAAGGAGUCACAUCCUCGACAAUUUCAUUGAAACCAACCAAGGCAAGACUGGCCCUGAACUGGAGCAGGAGUUUUCCCAGGGAGCCAGCUUGUUCCUCGCACGCUUGGUGACCUGCCUUAGAAUCACCUAUAUGACCGGCUCAGGCUUAGAAAAGCUCCUGAGAUCCAUUGGCAUCUUCUUGUCAGCUGUAAGCAGUAAUCGGUACCUGAUCGAAUUUCUUGAGAUCGGAGGUGUCCUGACGCUCCUGGAAAUACUUGGGCUAGAGAAGGUCAAAGAAGAGGACAAGAAGGAAUCCAUCAGGCUUCUGCAGGUUGUUGCCAACUCUGGCAGGAAGUACAAGGAGCUCAUCUGUGAAAGCUAUGGUGUAAGAUCUAUAGCAGAAUUCCUGGCAAACUCUAAGUCAGAAGAGACCCAGGAAGAAGUACAGAUUCUGCUGGAUUCUCUGGUCCAUGGUAACCCCAAGUACCAGAAUCAAGUAUACAAAGGCCUCAUAGCUCUGCUGCCCUGUGCCUCCCCGAAAGCUCAGCAGCUGGCCCUGCAGACCCUCAGGACUGCCCAGUUGAUCGUCGGAACCACGCACCCCAGCAUCGUGGACUGUGUGCUGAAGGCGCUGGGCACGAUGCACCUGGAGGUCCAGUAUGAAGCCAUCGAGCUCAUAAAGGACCUGGUGGACUACGACGUGCGCUUGCCGCUGCUCAAGGGUCUAGUGGCGCUGCUGAUCCCCUCCAUCAAGACCUCCCAACAGCACCACAAGAUCCUCACUGAGUGCCCGCUCCUGCAACUCACCGCGCACCCGGCCUCGUUCCUGCAGCAGGCGGCGGCCGCCAAAGCCAUCCGGGUCCUGGCGCUCCACAGCCUGCGCGUGGCCGAAGAGAUGUUGCGCCUGCACGUCGUGCGCAACCUGAUGGCUGCCAUGGGCAACGCGGACCACAGCAACAGCCAGAGGCUGGCGAGCCUCGCGCUGCAGGUGUGCGGGGCGCAGGGGCGAGACGCAGGGGCGCAGGGGCGCGGGCACCACACAGUCAGGCCACCGCCACACCGCCCGGCCCCGCCCCGCCCCGCGGCGGCAGUUCUUCGUGCAGACGUUCCCGGUGGUGGAGGAGCACGUGCGCAGGUCCAUGGGGGAGGAACUAUACGAGCUCUUCCUCGUAAGUGCCCGUGCCCGGCCUGGGACACAGUGCUGUCCCCACACACGGCAUGGGCCUGGCCACCCACGCGGGAGGGCUGCCCUGGCUUGGGCUUCUCCACCCCUGUCCCCCGCCCCCUUCCUGACCACCUCCCGCAGGACCCCUCUGCCCAAGGAGGGGAAAUAAUGAUCAAGCAGCCCAAGGCCGAUCUGAGGUUGCGACGGCCUGGAACCGCAGCUGGUUUCUCUCACCCGUGUCCUCAGCGCUAUGGUGAAGACUUGUAUAUGAAAAUAGACAGCAUUCAGACGGACAUCUUGGCGGUCAACGAGGUCAACAUUGCCCAAGGUGAGCAGGGAGGGCCGGGACCUGCAGCCUGGCGUGCCCAGCACCCCAGCGCAUCUCCUUGCCUCGCUGCCGCAGCAUUAGAGCUCUCCGACCUCACCGACGGCAACUUGAACUUUCCCUGUGGCCCUGUGGAUCCCAAUCAGAUGGCCUACAUCACCCACUUCCAGGAGGAGGACCCAGAAUCAAAGGAGUAACUGAGCUUCCUCGAGGGAAAGGCUGCGUGGCAGGAAAGCCUGGGGUUGACCUUGUGACUACUCCAUCCGGCCCCAGUGGGGCAGAAGGAGCGCAGCUGGCCCGAAAGAGCCCAAUAAACAGUCCUGCUGCUCUCUG